AUGGAUAAUAUCAACCCGUCCACAUCCCACACGUUUCAACCCGAGGGCUUCAGUCCGCAGUUCCGCAGGAGGAGGACCGUCGAGGACUUCAACCAGUUUUGCACUUUUGUUUUGGCGUACGCUGGCUACAUCCCGUAUCCACAGGAGGACUCUCCAGUGCGCAGCAGCUCCAGUCCUCCCAACAGCACCGGCAGCACCGCAGACAGUGAUGGCUGGACUCCAGGACCCUCUGCCUCAUGUGCGCCGCGACCAAACAAACCAACACCACAAGAGCGCAACCGCAAACGCCCGCAGCCAGGGGGUGCUCUCAAAGAGCACACCAUGGGCUCGUUUCACAUGGACGAGCGCAGAAAAGCCGACAAACUAAAGAAGAAGCGGCGGAAGGAGCGCGAGUGUUCCCCCGACGAGACGCAAGAGUUCAGCCGGCCAAUCAAAGAGGAGCCUGAGGACGAGCUCAUCACGCUGCCCAACCCCUCCUCCGCCGCUGUCAAGGAAGAGUUCACUCAGAGAGGAUUGUGGGAGAACCGAGAAAGCCCCAUGCAUCUGCAGAGCGCCCAGGGGCUGCCCGCUAACAGGACCGUUUUCAGACAGGGCAAACAAGUGGUGUUCAGAGACGAGGACGGGUCAGGAGAGGACGAGGACAUCAUGGUGGACUCAGACGACGACUCGUGGGACCUGGUGACGUGUUUCUGCAUGAAGCCAUUCGCGGGCAGAGCCAUGAUCGAGUGCAACGCCUGCAACACGUGGAUCCACCUCUCCUGCGCCAAGAUCCGCAAAAGCCACGUCCCCGAGACCUACGUAUGCCAGGGCUGCCGGGCGCGAGGGGGCGUGGCCAAGGACGGGGUGGGGCCAGACGCACGCCGCUCCAACCGCUCGCGAGUCGGACCCAAGAAGCACCUGCUGAACUGA